ACCGAAGACUUAUCUUAUUAGUGUGUGCCAGGAGAUUUACAUACUGCAGACAUGAACAUUGCUUAUGGAUUAACCUUUUUGUUUUCCAUGGCUGCCUUUGUAGGAGCAACGGAUACAGGGAACCCAGGGUUUGUGGUGAGACUCACACAGAAAGGACUGGACUACGCCCUUCAGGAAGGUAUGAUUGUACUGCAACAGCAAUUAUUUCAGAUUCAACUGCCAGAUUUCUCAGGCACCUAUGAUGUUGGGGUCCUUGGAAAAGUGAAAUACAGAUUUUCUAGCAUGACUAUAAGCAGUGUCCAGCUUCCCAGUUACCAAGUCAUUCCUGUUCCAGAUAAGGGUCUGAAGCUAUCUAUCUCUGGGGCUUUUAUCCAAGUUGACGGAAGAUGGGAUGUUCGCUAUUCAUUUAUACAUGAAGAUGGCAGUUUUAACAUCAAAGUUUUGGGGAUUAGCAUCUCUGUUGGACUUAUUUUGGGGAGUGAUGAAUCUGGAAGACCAACAAUUGCCCCAUCAGACUGCAGCUGCCAUAUUUCCAAUGUUGAAGUGCACAUGUCUGGAACUAUAGGUUGGCUGGUUGAUCUUUUCCAUAACAACGUUGAAUCAGAAUUGAGACAAUCUAUGGAGAACAAGAUCUGCCCAGAGGUUACUCAAUCUAUUAGUUCUAAACUUUUAUCCCUUCUACAGACUCUACCAGUGACUACAAAAAUCGACCAGAUAUCUGCUAUUGAUUACUCUCUGACUGGACCUCCAUCUGUGAUGGCAAAUUGGAUCGACGUAUUAUUAAAGGGAGAAUUCUUUGAUAUCUCACACCGUACAACUCCACCCUUCUCUCCGCCGGUGAUGUCUUUGCCUCCAGAACAGGAUCUCAUGGUUUACUUUGCUGUUUCUGAAUAUUUGUUCAACACGGCUGGUUUUGUUUAUCAGGAUGCUGGGGCUCUUGUCUUCAAUUUGACUGAUGAUAUGAUCCCUAAGGAAUCCAGCAUGCACCUGAAUACUUCCUCAUUUGGAAUAUUAAUACCCUCGAUUUCCAAGAUGUACCCAAAUAUGCUCAUGAAGCUAAAGAUAUCAACUGCCUCUGCUCCGGCUCUGAAUAUUAAACCCGGAAAUCUGACUCUUUCACCAGUGGGAAACAUCCAGGCUUAUGCCAUUCUGCCCAACUCCUCCCUGGCUCCUCUUUUUCUCCUUCAGCUGAACACGAAUGUCUUGGCAAAGGUGGCAGUGAAUUCAGGGAAAAUCGUAGGCUCUCUUGAGCUUGACAAGGUGGAAAUACAGCUUGUUCAGUCUGAUGUUGGACCUUUUUCAGUUUCGGUAUUAAGUAUAGCUGUGAACUAUUAUGUCUCAGCAACCCUUCUUCCUCGUGUUAAUGAGAUCCUGAAGAAUGGAUACCCACUACCCUUGAUUGAUCACAUACAGCUCACUGAUUUUGUGAUUCAAACAUAUGAGCACUACCUCCUGUUUGGGGCAAAUGCACACUAUGAGUAACAAAGGAUGGGAAUCGAGGAGCUGAAUGGACACUGGGAAAUGCAUAAUGGCACAUGAACUUUAAGGAGGUUAUUUAUUAAAGGUCAAGUUGUCUUUACCCGAAAAAUUCAAGUUUUUCAAAAUUUUUCAAGAUUUGUUAUGCCCCAAAGCUGUUAAAAGCCCGAAUCCGAAAAUACUCCAGCUAAAACCUGUCAAGGUCAUGUAGAAGUUCCUUGAACCAUUUGGUUUUUUGCCUUUGUGAUUAUUUCGUUUUUAUGGUGGUUGAUUGGUCGAUCAGAUGAGUUUUUUCCCCCCGAUUGCAAUCAAUCACGUUUUUUUACAUUCAGGCUUUUUCAUAAAUAUUGAGUUGAGUUGAGUUGUGAAUUUAUUCGAGGUAGAAAAAACCUCACAAACCUCCUGAACUUGACCUUUGUUAAAUAACAACCUUAAUUUUGUUGUUUGUGUAAAUAUUCCUCCCAUGUUCUAUAUAAGUAAUGUGUGUUCAUUAUGUAAAAGUCAGAUCAGUGUUGAUCAACACAUUAAUAAUUCAAGCCUGGAGCUGAAUAUUAUGUUACCCCGAGUCGAAUUCGAAAGAUUUACCGCAAAUCCUACGAUCGAUCAAAAAAACCUUAGAAAAGUGAUGGGGAAGGUCCCCAUAGGCUAACAUUGUACCUCGGUAGGUUUAAACUGGUGAAGUAUGUAGUCAAAUGAUUUUUUAAAGAGACAGUACUUUGAAUGGUCAAAUAGUCGAACGAUUUUUAGUUUGAAUCGAAGUGGUAGUCGAAAGUCGUAGUAGCCUAUUCAAUGGUCGAAGUACCCAAAAAAAUACUUCGAAAUUUGAAGUUUUUUUACUUCGAAUCCUUCCCUCGAGCUUAGUAAAUGUGCCCCAUAAUGUUAGCAAGAAUUUCCAUGCUCUGAAGUAGUCAGCAAAUAUAUUUAUCUGUACCCAGCAAAAAUUAGAAGGACAACAGCUGAUGUUUACAGAUAGGUGGCUUCUAUAACUAAAACUUUCCAUGUCUUACUAAAUCCAUAUUCUAUGAUUAUGAGCAAGUACUGGGAGUAUAUCACUGGCACUACAGCUACAUUGAAUUCCUGUAUAACUAUAUAAUAAUUGUUCCAGAUUCUGACUUUCAAGUCUAUAUUUGUGGGUGGGUUAUGUACCAGCAAUUGACUAUCCAGUACUUUGGCUCAAUAUGUGUAUAAUGCAACAGUAUCUUUUCUUGUUCUUGUUCAGCUCAUUGUACCUUCACAUUCUUGAGAAAUACGGUUCUAGACUAAUAAAUAAAUAUAAAAUGAGAAAA